CAAAUUUACGUCAGCUUUCAAUCUGACAACCGUUUUCAAAGAGAUCAUUUGUUGCUAAUCGAUUUAUUUUUAUAAAAUGCUGGAACAAUCACCGAAAAUGGCCCAACAUGCUUCGCCGCCUGUCCGCACUGGCGCCGGCGACAUCUCUGAGCGGGAGUUGUCUCGCGAAUGGUACAGCCUCUCCUCCACACCCACUGCCCGCGUGCAGCCUGCACACCCUCGCAAGCAAGUGCACUCGGUGCCCGUGAGCAAGUUCGGGCGCGGGCAGGCGCCGGGCCGCAACCUGCAGCGUAUCCGCAGCUGCCUUGAAGAGCUCAGUAAGCCACCGCCGCCGCCCCGCGUCGCGCACAAGGCCGCCUCGCUGGAGGAUCUUACGCCCAGCAAGAGGAUAGCAAAGAGAAGAAAGGAGAUUGAAAAUGGUGUAUCUGUGCGGUGUGCGGGGCCGCGAGGGCUGGCGGAGGAGCAGGCGGCGGCGCGCGUGGCCCGCUUCAUGCUUCUGACCGCGUGGCGCCGUCGCAGGCACGACCUGCGCUGUCUGCGCAAAACCCUCGAGGUCCAGGUGAGCAGCAGCGAGCGGCUGCGCGUGCAGGUGUGGGCGCUCAAGUCGCUGCUGGAAGCGGACAGCGGUAAACUGCGGCUGGCUCUCAAAGAGCUGCAGCGCCUCAAGCAGCUGCUGCACGACAGGGAAGCCGAGAAGGCCCUCCUCGAGAGGGAGAAGCGGGCGCUAGAGGGCGACGUGAGUGCGGCGGAGGACCGCGCCUCCGAAAUGAGCAUCGGGUGGCGCAACUGCCGCAACGAGCUGGAGGCGGCGAACGUGGCGGCGCGGGCGCUGGAGCGCGCGCUGGCGCUGCAGCUGUCGGCCCAGGCGGACCUCGCAGCCCAGCGCGACGUCGCUACACAGUCGGUGAGGCCUGAGUCUGCACUAAGUAGCACUUCGUUACAUGUACAGAGGUUUGAGUGAGCGCGUGUCAGGUGUCGCGGCUGGAGGACGAGGUGCGGCGGCGCGAGGCGGUGCUGGGCGCGCUGCAGACGGAGGCCUCGGCGCUG